UAUUUUUCCAUUUCGUAGGUAAGUAGGUAUAAAUAACGCCUAGAUUCGUAAAGAAAUAGUUUUACAUCAUGCAUUCGGUUAAGUUAUUUUUUCUGUUGCUUUCUGCCGAGGUAUUUAGCAAAGGAAGAUCGACAAAAGAAAAUGGGAACAAUACCGAGCCGAUCGAUGCUUUAAAAGCGGCGUUAAUCGCACACAAAAAGGAAUGUGCAAGUUCGAAUGACCCGCCACCAAUUGAUCGAAAAGUUGAAGUUAAAAAUACUAAAAAUUCAGGUAGUAAAGAAUAUCCGACACAUCCACGUGUUGAAUCUGGCCGGCAUCCAUAUAGGGAUUAUAAUUAUGAGCACGAUUACGUAGGCCAAAGAGGUGGUUAUGAAUUAGACCCUUACCCUACACGAGUUGGAUAUAAUCCAGGGUACAUUCGGUUGAAACGCAAUAAUGAUGAAGCUGAUUAUGACGACGAUCAGUGUUUGAUUCAAUGCCUGUUUGAGUAUUUAGAAGUGCUAGACGAAAACCAGUCACCAUCAGAGUUUGCUUUAAUUAAGUGGUUCCAGGAGAAUACACCCCAGAAUGAGAAGCGAAUUAAGGCCAUUCGUGAAAUUCGUCGCUGCUUUGGGCAUACAGCUGCUACUGACGAUGGUGAUGGAUGCGACUACUCCAAAUCGUUGUUGAAGUGCCUUAAUUUGGAAAUCGAGGAAUGAACCUACCUAUUUACUAAAAACACAUUAUAUAUGCACUCUAAAAUUAAUUGGAUCCGACGUGAUAAUAAUUAGAUUAUACCAUCAAAAUGCAUACCUAGAUAAUUACAGCAAUUAGUGUGAAAAUUUAGAUUUAUUAAGUAUUCUAAAAGCCACAUAUGCACUUUAUAUAGGAUACCUAUAUUGCAUGAGUAGGUAUCGGUAGGCCUACAUAGAAGUAGAGGUGACAGGGCCGAUUUUUGUAGCAAUUAUAGCCUAUUCUCUUUAAAUAUAAAUUAUAAUUGUUUGCCUAUA